UGUAAUCGCUUGAUAAAAGCGGAUCGGUUGUCUAUGACGGUGACUGCAGCCUAAUAAAAUUGUAGAAAAUAAUUUUCAUCAGCGGACUCGUCGCGUAAAUUAUUUAUAAGUUGAGAUAACAGUACACCUUCCGUUCUGUUCACAAAGCAGUUUUAGUGCUACCGUUUUAUCGUUUGAAGUGCAAUGACAACUGUUUCAUGUGGCAGACGAUUUGCUUGAUUUGUGGUCGCGUUGCGGCCUAACUUGUUACCAUUCUCUUGCAUACUAGCUGCUGGUGUUCUGAUAUUCUCGCUAAAAGAAUUUUUUGAUUACUCUACAACAACAGUUGAAGCUACCGCGAUAACACUGAAGUCUCACUUGCUUAGCUGAAAAGAAUAAUGAGUGGGAACAGUGAAAAUGUUACCAAAUUAAAUGUACCAGAUGAACUUAGAGAGAUACUCCUUGAUCUUACCAUAGGUUAUCUGCUCGAACAACCAAGUGAUAUUAUUGACUAUGCAAUUGAGUUCUUUGACAAACUUAAAAAGUCUAGAAAUGUUCAACGUGCUGAAGACCGAUCUGAAGAAUCAGAUGGUUCUGAUUUUGAAUCUCCACCAGCACGCUACUCUUCUAGGCGUAAAUCAGUGUUUGCUGAAACUUACAAUCCAGAAGAAGAUGAUGAAGAAGAAGGUCCAAAGGUUAUAUUUCCUAAAUCUGAUGAACAACGUCAAGCUCUUGCCACUAGUGUUAAGAAUAUAUUUAUAUUCAGAGCUUUGGACCCAGAACAAAUGAAUAAUGUUAUUGAUGCUAUGUUUGACCGUCAAGUUCGCACUGGAGAUGUAAUCAUAAAACAGGGUGAUGAUGGUGACAAUUUUUAUGUCAUUGAUAGAGGAAUUUUUGAGGCUUAUGUGAUUGAAUCAGAUGAGAGUGAACGUCUUGUACAUACAUAUGAAAACACAGGAAGUUUCGGAGAACUGGCAUUGUUGUAUAAUAUGCCUAGAGCUGCAACUAUCAAAGCUGUAUCCGAUGGUCUAUUAUGGGCUAUGGAUCGUCAAAUAUUCAGACGAAUUGUAUUAAAAAGUGCAUUUAGAAAACGCAAAAUGUAUGAAGAGCUCAUUGAUGUUGUUCCUAUGUUAAAAGCAUUACAGUCAUAUGAACGAAUGAACUUAGCUGAUGCUUUAAUACCCAAGUAUUAUGAAAACAAUGACUGUAUUAUUAAACAAGGCGAUCCUGGAGAUGGAAUGUAUUUUGUUGAAGAAGGUAUUGUAAACGUAUUAGUCACUAGUGAUUCCGGUGAACAAAUUAAAGUGAAUCAAAUAGCUAAAGGAGGUUACUUUGGUGAAUUAGCACUUGUGACACAUAAAGGUCGUGCCGCUUCUGUUUUUGCAUCUGGUAAAGUUAAAGUAGCAUUUUUGGAUGUUGAUGCAUUCGAACGACUUCUGGGCCCAUGUAUGGAGAUCAUGAAGCGUAACAUUGGUGAUUAUGAAAAUCAAUUAGUUAAAAUUUUUGGUUCCAAGCACAACAUUACUGAUGUUCGAUGAAUGAAAAAUUCUAAUUUAAGUAGAUACAUGUGUAUCUUGUGGUCAUUUUAGUUUACAAUUUUUCUUGUCAUACCAACAUUUGGUAAACCUUUAUUUACAUUUUCUUUAUUUACCAUUAAUUAUUUGUAAACAUUAUUUAUAUA